AAAGAUAUAAAAUUGCAGGAGAUUCUGUAUUAGAUAAUGUAGCAUGUGCUAGAGCUUAUAAUACAGAUCAUCAAACUCAACUAUUAAUUCAAGCUAGCGCUAUGAUGACAGAAUCUAGAUAUGCAUUAUUGAUAGUAGAUAGUGCAACUGGUUUAUAUAGAACUGAAUACUCUGGAAGAGGAGAAUUAGCUGCUAGACAAAUGCAUUUAGGCAGAUUUCUUAGAAUGUUACUUAGAUUAGCUGAUGAACAUGGUGUUGCUGUUGUUAUAACCAAUCAAGUUGUGGCACAAGUUGAUGGUGCAGCUAGUAUGUUUGGAGGAGAUCAAAAAAAACCAAUUGGAGGUCACAUCAUAGCUCAUGCAAGUACUACAAGAUUAUAUCUACGUAAAGGUAGAGGUGAAACUAGAAUAUGUAAAAUUUAUGAUUCACCUUGUUUGCCUGAAAGCGAAGCAAUGUUUGCAAUAAAUACAGAUGGUAUUGGAGAUGUUAAAGAAUAAAAGAUUUAUUAUUUUUCUAUGAAAAUCUAUAUUUGUAAAAAAAAUGUUUAAAAUAUGCCUUCCAAGAAAAAUAAUUUAAUUUUUUUAUUUACUAUAAUUACACUUUAAACUUUAAAGUUAUCUAAUUUGUUUUAUUUUAUAAAAAUAAUGAAUAAAUUACAUUAUUAUUAAAUAACUAUUGUGGUAUAUACAAAAUUGUAAUGAAAAAAAUUAAAUAUAAAAAAAGAAUAUAUUAAAUAUAUAAUAUAAUUUAUCAUAUUAUAUGAGAAACUUUAACUUAUUUAUAUUUUUAGUAAUAAAUUUGAAUUUUAUAUGAAAUAUUUAUAUAUUGUAAAGGAAAAUUAGAAAAUUUAAAUUAAAAAAAAUAAUUUAAAAUCCAUUAUUAAACACUUGUAACUUUUGAUAAGUUUAAGAACUAGAUUAUCUAGGAAAUUUUGAUAAUUGUCCUUUAAAGAUUUAAAAAAUGAUAAUUUAUUAUGUAAUAAUUUAAUUAUAAAUAAGUUUAAUUUUGUACAUAUGUAUAUAUAAAAAUACAAUUAGUUAUUUUUAUUAACAUUUUUUGAUUAUUUUGGAUAAAUUGUAAUGUUUAAAUUAUAAUUUAAUAAAUGCGGAGAUAUGUUGUACACGUGGCCAUUUUAUUGGCAGAAGAUUGUUUCGAAAACUAAGAUUCAACAUUUCAUACGGACUUUUUCAUUUAAUAUAACUGUUAAAAUAAAAAAAAGUGGAUCUAUAAUUUUAAAUACAAAUAAAAAAAUUAAGUAUUUCGAAAAUAAUUUUAUUUCAAGUGUAAAAUUAUUGUCUACGAAUAUGAGUGAAGAUAUUUCUUUAUUUACUUUACCAAAUAAACAACCAAUAAUUGCAUUAGAAUGUGAUACUGCAUUUAAUGCUUUAACGAAAAAUGAAAAAUUAUAUGCACAUUAUUUAAGUCAAGCUGCAUGGAAUGGUGGUCUUAUUGUAUUUGUCCAAACUUCUCCAGAAUCACCAUUAAUAUUUGCUCUACUACAUAAAAUCUUUAUAUCUGAAACAAUAAAUGAAUUAAAAAAUUCUGCAUUUAAUGUUAAUAUUAAUGAAGAUGAAUUUACAGCAUUUUUAGUGUAUUCAUGUGGAAUUUUUGCAAAUGCUGGUAAUUAUAAAUCUUUUGGUGAUAGUAAAAUAAUUCCAAAUUUACCUAAGGAUAAAUUUGAAACUAUAAUAAAAGUUUCAAAAGCAUAUAAAAAUAAUCCCAAAAACAUUGAAGAAAUUUGGAAUAAAAUUCAAAAUAUAAUAUAUUCUAUUAAAGGAAAAUUAAAAUCUCUAGGAUUGAAUGAAAAGGGAAUUACAACUUAUUUUUCUGCUAAUUGCACAGAAAAAGAUGCAGAGUUAGUUAAUGAUUUUAUGCAAAGUAAAGGAUUAGAAUGUUAUAAUACAAGAUGCUUUAAAAUAGCAAAUUAUCAAAAUGAUUGUAAAUUUGAUACAUAUGAAAUUAGAUUAGCUUCUGUGGAAACCAAUAAUGAUUCUAAUAUUACUUUAUCAGAAGAAGUAUUUAAAAAUGCAAAAUUUAGAAUUACAAAAGGAGAUUACAGUAAACUUUUGAUUCCAGUUGUUCAUAAUCUUCAAAAAGCAAAAGAAUAUGCGGUAAAUGAAAUUGAAAAAAAUAUGUUAAAUAAAUACAUAGAACACUUUCAAACUGGAUCUUUACAAGAUCACAAGGAUGGUUCUCGUUUAUGGAUUAAAGACAAAGGACCAGUUAUAGAAACUUAUAUAGGUUUUAUUGAAACUUAUAGAGAUCCAGCAGGUCAAAGAGGAGAAUUUGAAGGAUUUGUAGCAAUGGUAAAUAAGGAAAUGUCCAAAAAAUUUGCUACAUUGGUAACUAAUGCAGAAAAAUUUAUACCAAAACUCCCUUGGGGCAAAGAUUUUGAAAAAGAUGAAUUUCUAAGACCUGAUUUUACUUCAUUGGAUGUUUUAACAUUUUCGGGAUCUGGUAUUCCUGCAGGUAUAAAUAUUCCAAAUUAUGAUGAAAUUAGACAAUCAGAAGGAUUUAAAAAUGUUUCUUUGGGUAAUGUAAUUCCUGCAAAUAUGAAAUUAGAUGUAAUACCAUUUUUAUCUGAACAUGAUCAAACUUUGAUGAAUACUUAUAGAGUAGCUAGCUUUGAAGUACAAGUUGCUUUGCAUGAACUUCUUGGUCAUGGAACAGGUAAACUAUUGAAACAAUUAGAAUCUGGUUCAUAUAAUUUCAAUAUUGGAAAAAUAAAAAAUCCUUUUACUGGAGAAUUAAUAAAUAAAUAUUUUUUACCUGGUGAAACAUAUGAUUCGAAAUUUGGGUCAUUGGGAUCAUCUUAUGAGGAAUGCAGAGCAGAAGCAGUUGGAUUAUAUUUAUCUUUAGAAAAAGAUAUAUUAAAUAUAUUUGGAUAUGAAGGUUCUGAGGCAGAUGAUAUAAUAUAUGUAAAUUGGUUAUGUCUAUUAUGGACUGGUUGUGCAAAAGCUUUAGAAAUGUAUCAACCAUCAACUGGAAAAUGGUUACAAGCUCAUUCUCAAGCAAGAUAUGUUUUACUUAGAGUUUGUUUAGAAGCUGGCAAUGAUUUUGUUAAUGUUGUAGAAUCUGAGCCUGGAAAGAAUUUAUUAUUAACUGUUAAUAGAACAAAAAUUUUAACAGUUGGUAAAAAAGCAAUUGGAGAUUUUUUAACUAAAUUACAAAUUUAUAAAAGUACAGGUGAUAUUGAAGCAGCCAGAAAAAUGUAUGAAAAAUAUAGUGAAGUACCUGACAUAGAACCACAUCCAUGGGCACGUUGGAGGGAUAUAGUUUUAGCUCACAAAGAACCCCGAAAGAUAUUUGUACAAUCUAAUACAUUCGUUAAUGAUGAAAAUGAAGUACAAUUGAAAAACUAUGAACCCAAUUUUGCUGGAUUGAUUCAAUCUUGGAUAGAAAGAUUUCCUUCUACAGAUAUUUCGCAAACACUUAUUGAAAUUAUGGAAAAAGAUAAACAACAUUUUAUAUUCGAAGAUUAACUAUUUAAUACAAGUAUUACAAAAA